UCCCCCACCCAACCAAUUCCACCCCCAAUCGCUCGCCGCCGCCUCCUCCUCCUCCUCGUCGUCGGAAAUCCACCAAAAGCGAGAAAAGAUCGCCGCCGCUCUGGGGGAAGGUCAAAGGUCCCACCUUUACGUGGCGGCAGCGGCGAUGAUGUCCGUUCCCCCGGAGUCGGGCGGCGGCGGCGGGGACGAGUGGUUCCUCGACUGCGGCAUCCUCGAGGACCUCCCCGCCGCCGCCUGCGGGGCCUUCCCCUGGGACGCCUCCCCCUCCUGCUCCAACCCCAGUGUUGAAGUAAGCAGCUUUGUGAACACCUCUGAUGCCCUCAAGGAACCUGGCAGUAAUAAACGUGUAAGAUCAGGGUCUUGUGGUAGGCCGACAUCUAAAGCUUGCAGGGAGAAAAUCAGAAGAGAUAAGAUGAAUGACAGGUUUCUUGAAUUGGGGACUACUUUGGAGCCUGGGAAGCCAGUAAAAUCUGACAAAGCUGCAAUCCUAAGUGACGCUACCCGCAUGGUAAUUCAGCUUCGUGCUGAAGCAAAGCAGCUAAAGGAUACUAAUGAGAGUCUCGAAGAUAAGAUUAAAGAACUGAAGGCAGAAAAGGACGAGCUUCGCGAUGAGAAGCAGAAGCUGAAAGUAGAGAAAGAGACAUUAGAGCAGCAGAUGAAGAUUAUGACCUCAACUCCAGCCUAUAUGCCUCACCCCACACUGAUGCCAGCCCCAUUCCCUCAGGCACCACUUGCCCCCUUCCAUCCUGCCCAAGGGCAGCAAGCUGCAGGGCAGAAGCUGAUGAUGCCCUUUGUUGGCUACCCAGGGUACCCAAUGUGGCAGUUCAUGCCGCCUUCCGAAGUCGACACCUCCAAGGACAACGAAUCGUGCCCACCUGUCGCGUAAUGCUUCAUCAAUUGCGCCAUGUGAAUUAAUUGUAACCUGAAACUGAAUAGUUGUUCCAAUCCAUUGGUUGGGCAUCGUCUCUGAUUCACAUUAAGCUUAUUGUUCUUGUGUUAGUAGUUCGUUUUUUGUAAGGAGUAAGCGGACAUUUGUGGCGCUCUAUAGAGGCUACUGCCCCCUUUAAUGUACAAUGCAAUUUUUUUCUGGAGAAAGAGAAGAAUGCUCAUUCUUGUUCUCU